GCCCGAGUCGUUUGCGGCUAUUUUCCAGCCAUCUCACCAAGCCGUCUGACAGAUGGCCGCUCUGCCCAUACUUAUACUCGCGCAAGAUGUAGACGGCAAUUUUCUCGCUCUUUGCCGAAGCUACGUGAAUCAGCACGCCAAAUUCGCAUUCACCCCUUUCCGCGUGGUCGUAGCACCACCAGCGACUGGUGUUUGAUCACGCUUACCGGCUCAGGGCCAUAAAGCCUGCUGGGCCGCCCUGCUACAAGAGCUCCGCGACCCGUGGACCACAGACAUGCUCCUGCGCGCUCUCUAUCGAUCCCACGUCGGACUUCAUCUGCAGAAAUGUGGCGGAGAACCUACUUUCUGCUGAUCCUGGUGCGCAUCUACUUUGCGCUGUCGCCGAGCUACCUGCAUCCGGACGAGAACUUCCAGGGCCCGGAGGUCGUUGCAGGACGCGUCUUCUCGUAUCCGGUUCUCGAAACGUGGGAGUUUACGUCCGCGCACCCCAUCCGCAGCACCUUCCCGCUAUGGCUUGCAUACGGCUGGCCCAUGUACAUACUGCGCUGGCUGUGGGAGGGCCUUGGCUAUGAGGAGAUCUCCCCGUCGGUUGUAUACUGGACGCUGCGCGUGCUGAUGCUCGCGUUGAGCGUCGUGCUCGAGGACUGGGCGGUACAUGAACUGGUGCAGUCGAGGCGCGCCCGACGCGUCGCACUGCUUCUGAUAGCUUCGUCAUAUGUUACAUGGACCUUCCAGACGCAUACUUUUUCGAAUAGCUUGGAGACACUGCUGGUGAGCUGGAGCUUGGUUUUGAUAAAGAACAUUGUCGAGGAUAAGAAACGUUCCGGCAUUCUGGCUUCCUCGCUUCUAGGCUUCUUCAUCGUUGCAGGCGUCUUCAAUCGAAUCACGUUCCCGGCGUACCUACUUGUCCCUUGCUUCAGUCUGCUGCCUCACUUUCGGCGGAAACCAUUCUCUCUUGUGUUUAUUGCUCUCUUCGCCCUCUCGACAGCGUUUAUCGCCAUCAGCGUGGACACGGCGUUCUACACCCCCGGCGAAUUCUCCUUCUCAAAAGUCUUCUGCAAUCCGGUCAUUACACCACUCAACAACUUCAAAUACAACUCCGACGCAGAGAAUCUCGCCAAGCAUGGCAUACACCCGCGCUACCAGCACUUCCUCAUCAACCUCCCGCAGCUGCUCGGUCCAGCAUUUCCGCUCCUUUUCUUCCUCCGCCGGUCCCACUUUACCACCCCGACCCUCCUUUCGGCGCUUUCUGGAGUCGCCCUUUUGAGCAUUUUUCCCCAUCAGGAAGUCCGCUUCCUCAUCCCUGCCGUCCCGUUGAUACUCUCCUCGGUCCGCCUUCCGAGAUUAUAUACCAAGUGGUGGAUAUCUGCCUGGGUUCUGUUCAACGCUUUUCUUGGCAUAUUCAUGGGGGUGUAUCACCAGGGCGGGAUUGUACCCGUCCAGAUGCACAUCGCGAAAACCCAAGACUAUGUUACUCAUGCGUUCUGGUGGAAGACAUACAGUCCGCCAACGUGGCUGCUGAACGGCAAGAACGAGGAGCUAAAAACGGUCGACCUCAUGGGCAUGCCGGGAGAUAAGAUGCUGGAAGAAGUCAAGGCUGCGCUUCCGCCCUGUCGGACACGGAAACCGCCCAAGAUUGAGGGCAAGGGAGAUGUGUACCUCGUUGCUCCGCGCUCGGCGUACUUCCUCAGCCCAUACCAGGAUCCUAGCAAACGGGAGGAGAUAUCGCUGGAUGAGGUGUGGAGCUACAGGAGACAUCUCAACCUCGAUGACAUGGACAUCCCAGAAGAUGGCUUCUGGAAGACUAUGGGACGAGUAGUUGGAGGUCGCGGAUUGGUCGUCUGGAAGGUGACGAGGAAUUGCUGGGCGACGAAGGCCCAGUAGCACGAAGGGCCGGGCGAUGUUAUGGGCAUACUGCGAGAUUUUUAAAGAUAUAGACUGAGCGUGCGAGCGAUCUUUUGCUUUCAAACUGAGAUACCCUCUUUGUUAUAUAGAUAGACUUCCUAAUCGUAAUAUAUCACCAAUCUAUCCGCC